GCGCGCGCGGGGAUCGGGAACGAGGCGUUCCCGUCCAGCGCGAUGGUGGCCCUCGCGCCGUUCCUGGCCAUCUUCGGCAUUAAGCGCGUGAGCAAGUUCCGGCGGCGAUGGACCGAGCGGAAGAGGCUGGUGAUACAGUCCUCGUGGGCGGCGCUUCUCUCGGCGCACGGCAACGACCGGAUGGCGACGGGCUCCAAGAUAUUUCGAAAGCUCUUCACCGGGGACACCGCCGUACUCCGCCUGUUCCCGUUCCGGCACCAGGCGCGCACCUUAUUCGUCAGCGCGCCCUUCAAGCUCCACGCCAAGCUGUUCGUCGACACGAUGACGGAGCUCAUCGCCAACCUGCACGACCUGGAGAAGGUGGAGCGCGACGUACGAGAGUUGGGAAAGCGCCACCUCACGUACGGGGUCCAGCCGGCGCACUUCGACGCGAUGGGCGAGGCGCUCAUCGCCGUCCUCGACGAGUCGUGCCACCACCCGAGCGAUGAGGUCACGCUGGACAAGGAGGAACGCGACGCGUGGUUGGGGUUCUGGGGUUUCAUCGCCAAGGAGACGCAGAGGGGACGGAAAGGAAUAAUUGCGUCCAACCCGGGAAGCCGGAGGGCUUCGGAGGACGGCAAGCCACGUGCGAAAGGGGGGAUGAGCGCGGCUUGAUUGAGACGGGUCGACGCGUCGCGCGGGGCCCGGAUAUUACCGUCCCGGCGCGUCGCAUUCAACAUGUUGUAACCGAGUACGAGUGUAAGUU